CCACUGUGCUCCUCCUUACACUCUUUCUCUCUUCACGUUCGUUUUUCUAACCUUGAGCGGAUCGACUGUCGCUCUGGGCCCAGAUGUCUGGAACACGAUGGGUUCUUUUGGAUGACUCUGACAGCAGAAUCAACUACGAGGGCGAUUGGUACAUUCACAGCGACCGUUUUGUCGAUAGCGGAAGCUCUGGCCCAACCUAUCAAGGCUCUCAACAUGCAACGACUGGCUCAGCGAGCCUUACUUUCCGCUUCACAGGAACACGAAUACGUCUUCUUGGAACGAGCGCUAUCACGAAUACGACAGGAACUGUCGAUCCUUCAUGGGAGUGCUUCGUUGACGGAAGAAGCAUAGGCGCUGAAGAUCCCUUCCCUACCCAUCAGAACAACUGGCCAUUAUGUCUUGCGCCCACCCUGUCCGACGAAGAGCAUGUCUUGACGCUCAACGUCACGUCCUCGGGCACCCCGUUCUACUUUGAUCAAAUCAAGUACCUUCCGUCCAUGAGUGCACCGCCUUCAGACGCUACCGUUGUCAUUGAACAGUCCGACCCGACGAUCACCUUUUUGCCCGAAGAGAGCUGGGUAAAUGUUAACGAGAGUGCGAAGAGUACGUCGGAGGUUGGGGCGGGUUUGAGUGUGAGCUUUACUGGUACCAAGCUAACAUGGAUAGGCUGGAUACUCGAGGGUUCGGGUGGGGACUCGAGUGGGACCUACUCAAUAGACGACGGACCAGAUACGGCAUUCACAAUCCGACGUCCAGCCCCAAUACCCGGAUCUCUGUUCUUUCAACCCCUUUUCGAAACCGAGGAACUUCCACUACGGACACACAACCUCUCCGUGAAGUUCAACGGACCCACACGGACACCUCUCGCCCUCGAUCACUUCCUGGUCGAAAACGGGGACAUUUUCUUUCCCUUUGAAUCAGGGGAGCAGCCCGCAGACGAACCUAUCCCAACCGAGAUCGAGCCUGAGCCGUCUCCUACGAAAACGCCUUCGUCUGAGCAAUCGGAGGCAACUCCGGUCGGCGCCAUUGUUGGCGGUGCAGUCGGAGGUGUAGCGCUCAUUGCUCUCUUCGCCAUCGCCAUCUUCCUUCUCCGCCGUCGCAUGAAAAUCAAGCUGCCACCUGUACCGGUUUCAUCCUUGGGUCACGAUCAUCAGCCUCGAAGGUACCCAGGACCACGCGAGUCAUUUGCAGAAGCCAUGGUUCGCAAGCCGUCUGACUCUUACACCCGGUCGAUGGAAGGGACGGAGAAAGGAUCGCUGCACCCGUCCAGCAUCACAUCCGGAUCGAUACCCGCCUAUAUCCCCGUCUACUCCAAAUACCCGAACCAUUCCUCGAUAUAUAUUCCUGAAGAUGAUCCAGAACCGCCACCACCUAUCCCGGAACCUGCCACUCGGUUACAGCCUCUUCGAAGGAAUAUGGUCGUGCAGAAUACCAUCCAGGAAUAGGUGGCUUCGCGUCGCUGUUGUGUGUACAUUGCUAUUCUGCGAUUUGCUGCUAUCAUAUGUAUCUAACCGUUCUGUGUGUAUUAGUAUUCUUAUCCGUAUCUAAUGUUUGAGUUGGCUCGGCCGCUGACCACUCAAGCGCUCGCCACCUUUGGAUUUGAAA